CCGCCGGCGGUGCCAUGCCCAGCGCGGCGCCCGCCGAGCAGCGCCCUAAGGCUCCUCGUCCGCCCCGUGCGGCCUCGCCCGCGGCGCUGGGCAGCGGCGGCAGAACCGAGAGAGGGAAUAUAUGAAGGAGGAGGUGGAGGAGUGUGCUGAAGAUGAGGCGACUGAAUCGCAAGAAGACCUUGAAUUUGAUGAAAGAAUUGGAUGCCUUUCCAAAGGUUCCUGAAAGCUAUGUGGAGACUUCAGCGAGUGGAGGCACAGUUUCUCUGAUAGCAUUUACAACAAUAGCUUUCCUGACUGUGAUGGAAUUCAUGGUGUACCGGGACACAUGGAUGAAAUAUGAAUAUGAAGUAGACAAGGAUUUUACUAGUAAAUUAAGAAUCAAUAUUGAUAUUACAGUUGCCAUGAGGUGUCAGUAUGUGGGGGCUGAUGUUCUGGAUUUAGCAGAAACAAUGGUUGCCUCUGCAGAUGGGCUAAUCUAUGAGCCAGUAGUAUUUGAUCUCACCCCACAACAAAAAGAAUUGCAAAGGAUGCUGCAAUUAAUUCAGAGUAGACUGCAGGAAGAACAUUCUCUUCAAGAUGUGAUAUUCAAAAGUGCAUUUAAAAGUGCUUCUACAGCACUGCCACCACGGGAAGAUAAUUCAUUGCAGUCUCCAGAUGCAUGCAGAAUUCAUGGUCAUCUCUAUGUCAAUAAAGUGGCAGGGAACUUUCACAUAACUGUGGGCAAGGCAAUACCACACCCUCGAGGCCAUGCACACUUGGCAGCCCUUGUAAGCCAUGAGUCUUAUAACUUCUCCCAUAGAAUAGAUCAUUUGUCAUUUGGAGAGCUUAUUCCAGGAAUUAUUAAUCCUUUGGAUGGAACAGAAAAAAUUGCAUCCGAUCACAACCAGAUGUUCCAGUAUUUUAUCACAGUUGUGCCAACCAAACUCCAUACGUAUAAAAUUUCAGCAGAAACUCAUCAAUUCUCAGUGACAGAAAGGGAAAGAGUAAUUAACCAUGCAGCUGGCAGCCAUGGGGUGUCAGGAAUAUUCAUGAAAUAUGAUAUCAGUUCACUCAUGGUGACAGUGACAGAAGAACAUAUGCCUUUUUGGCAGUUCUUAGUGAGGCUCUGUGGCAUUAUUGGGGGAAUUUUUUCAACUACAGGAAUUUUACAUGGCUUUGGAAGAUUUGUAGCAGAAAUUAUUUUUUGCCGUUUCAGGCUGGGCUCUUACAAAUCCACAUCGGUCCCACUUUCUGAUGGCCACACAAGCAACCACUUACCUCUAAUUACAGACAAUAGUACACAUUAGCCUCCUGAGAAAAUUUUCUUUCUUCCUGCCUGAUACAGAAGACUUUUUUUUAUAAUGAACAUUGUGCAAUAUGCUGAGACAGCGCUGAUGGGCAGCAAAAAAACAAAGCCUUUACAAAAAAAACCCAACAACAACAGCAAAACAAUUUGUGUAUUUUUUUUUGUCUUUCUGAGUGCACGUGGAGUCAUAGAAAGUUGUGAGACCAGUGAGGUGGACCAUCUGGAGAGUAAAGGAGUGUUACUGCCAACACAAUAUUCAUGAGCUGAACGUCUUCGUGGUGGCUGCCGUUGACCACUGAAGCAUCUUAGUGCCUGGGAAGGCUGCAGGCCUCAAGGAGAGAAGAGAACAAGUGGGAUGUGUGGAAGGCACAGAGGGACAGCAGUAGAGCUGGGGUUUCUCUUAGGUAUGGAAACGGGGGAUUGGGUUUUCUUGUUCUUUUGUAAUGCUGAGGCUGAGGGCUAAGAUGCCUCAUACAGGUGGGGAGCAAUCCUAGAAAAUCCUGAAGAAGAGGGGGAUGAGAGAGAACUUGGAGUAAGGUGGACCCCAAGCCAUGAUGUUGGUCAUAGCUGCUUCCUUUCUGCAGUUCCACCAUUCCUUAGUGGAAGAAACACACUGCAGAGCAGAGGAGUCCCUCUGUUUCCACACAUCCACUGUGCCAGCAGUGAGAGUGUCACUUCUGGCAUCGGUGUGGAAGUGCUUAAAGACACUCAGAAUGCCCUCCAGUGUGCACAGUUUUUAUAACUUGGAAUAAGGCAUUUAAAUAAGGCUUUUAAAUAAGGCAUUUGACUGUAGUUUUGUUAAAAGGCAAGACUCCCUAGUAAAAGAUCAGGAAAUCUUUGUACGCCUCUUUCUGGGUAAAGAAAUUGCUUGGAUGGAACCUUUGUUGUACCCCUGCUGCUGGUAUGUGAGCCAUGGGAGCAUCUACAUCCUGGAAAUGGAGUGGGGGAAGAGCAAGAAGCUACCAGUUCAGGGCAGUUGGGAGCUCUGCUAGGCCAGGGAGUAUGGAGUUGAAGUAGGUGACUUCAGGGAAUCUGAAUCCUAUUGCUGCAGACAAGUGAUGAGAAGGGAUCUGCAAAAUUAAUCCGUAUUGUCCAUGAAGGUUUUUGUAAAUUAAGAGAGCAAUAUCAUAUUGUAAAUAUGCUACUGAGAAUGAAUGUUAUUAAUGCAGAUGGUGCUUUGAGAAAUGGAACAUCGUGUUACUGCUGAACUGCUGGUACACAACUGUGGUUGAACAGUUACUCCACCAGUGUAAAAACUCAAUAAUAUGAUUCCUUCUCGGCAAAACUGAUUUAAUAAUAUAUUAGGAGAUGAUGCUGGUCCUGGCCUUACUCACCAUGGAAUGAAUAUUAUAAUUGAGAGGACUAAUUACAGAAAAAUAAAAAUCUCUGUGGUGUCAGAUUUUGCUGACUUCUGUUAAUGUACUUUACAGGACACUUGGAUCUUGGUGAUGAGCAUAGUGUAAAUAACACAGCUCAUUUGCUAUGCAAAGCAAAGGGCUUCCUAAACAGAAAUAAUAUAGUAAAUAAAAUGUGGGAAGUAAGGAAAGACCUUUGUUGAAUUUGACUGUUGAGAAAGAAGUUUCUUUCUGGGUCCUUGGGGCUGACAGCCAGGUUUGGGGGUUUCUCUUUUAUGCUUUUUUUUUAACACUGAUUAAAACUCCAGCAACUUGAGAAACUCUUUGUUUCCCAUUUCUCCUUAGCAUUUCCUUCUGAGGUUUCUUCCCUACUUCUACUCAGACUGGUUCUACUUUGGGCUUUGUCCUAACACUUGUUUCUUACCUGCCUGGAACAGACUGUACAGGUGGGAGAGGCUGAUCUCAGUUAACUUUUUGUACCAGAACUUUAAAUGUUAUUUUCUAUUCUCACAUAAAAGAGCCAAGCAGCUUGGUGUGUCAUAAA